GUGAGGAAUCGGAUCUUGAAGAAGUAAGCCUGAUUCAGGAGGUGCCAGAUUCCCAGACUGUCUGUGAGACUCAGUGGUCAGUAUUGUCCCCAACAGCUGAGUCACAGGCAGAGAAACUAUCUCAAGCAAAGCAGCAAUGGGCAGACAAGUCGUCAUGUAAGGUGUCACAAACAGACGUAAGAGAAGCGGUCUCUAGCGAUGAGAUGUCAGGACACAACAACAGCUCUGUCAAGAUUUCACGAUGGCCCCCAUAUCAUCUGCCUGUUGAGGUAGCAGUAGAUCCAAAACGAUAUGCUCCAGUAAUCAAACUCAUGUUUGAUAUUUACCUCUGCCGACUUCACCGUGCCCAGAGGAGACGUCCAGGCCCUCCACCAGUGUGGGGCAAGCCAGUGAAGGCUGGCAACCAUGAGCAGGAUUGUUUGAAGGUGAAACCAAAGCGCAGAGGACGAGAGCACUUUCAAAGGGUGUUGAAAGCCUCAAAGGAUCAAGAAAAGGAAGAUGCUCAUUCCAACGAAGGUGCAAUUACGGAGGAAAAUGACUUACUGGCUUCUGAAGGCGGUUACUAUGAUGAGCCAGUAGAUGUGAGGAAUCGGAAAAAGAUUGUUGGUGUUUGUACAUAUGAUAAGUCAGCACUUGAGCUCAAUACGGAUAAGUGCACUGGAAAUGGAGAAUUUGAGUUUCAUGGAUCUAGUAGUGAUGUGGAACAAAAAGAAGUCCCAGCUCGGAAGGGGUUACGACAUAGAGCUACUACGAGCAGAGGUGUUCGUUACAAAGAGUCCAGCUCUCUAGGGGAACAGGAAUCUGAGGUCGAGAGAAAAAUUCACAAGGAAAAAAGUCCAGAUUCUGAGUGGAGGCCAGAGAGUAAAAAGAGAUCAUCACAAGAGGGUCCUUUGUUCAAGGGAAUACGGAAUAAAAGCAAAAGAGGUAAAAGAAGACAGCCUAAAGAUAUUCAUGAUAAGGAGGAAGAGAGUAACGGCAGAGGUGGUAAAAGACGACAACGUAAUGCAGAUCUUGAUGAUGAUGAAGUGAAUUAUGGCAAAGAGGGAAAAGGUCUUCUGUCAAAAGUGGAUAAUGAUGGGGAUGAGGAUAUUCCUCAGCAGCAGCAGGUUGAUGUUAUGGAGUGGCUGUCUACGAAGAAAGCCAUUAAAACGUAUGAGAGAGUUCGUCCUAAAAAGCCAAAAACUCAAGCUUGGCGUAUGCGGCUCUAUGGGAGACUGAACAGGAAACAUGCUAAGGAGGCACAUGAAAGUUUAGAUGAUUCAGAUGAAGUUGUAGAGAUGAAUGAGGAAAUAGAAGAAGUCACCAAGAACUCAAUUGCAGCUGAGCAUGUGACCCAUAAGGAUGUCUCUUUUGCUUUAUCCGACGAAGACAGAUUUGCCACGGAUGAAAUUCUUGCAAGUAAAAGGAGAAAGGGCUCUCUUGGAAGAAUAGAAUCUCAUGAGCCACCUAAAAAAGAUGAAAAUGAGAUAAAAGAAUCAGGACGAGAUAAAAGCAAUAUCUCCAAGGAUGAGUUCACUGCUGUUGACAAUGUGCUUGUGCUGGACAAUGAUAUGAUUUCUUUACGAGACAAAGAUGAAUUGAAAUUGGCUUCGUUAGUGACUGGUGAAGCCACCAGAGGUGGAGAGGAAAUCACAAGUAGUUCUCAGGGAGCCAGUGGCUCUGGUGUCCCUAACAGCCAGAGCUCAAAUUAUAUGAUAGACAUGAACGGGGACAUGUAUUGUACUCAAGUUGCUCACAGGACUCGGACUGCACAAUGUAAUAAGAACCUUGAACAGGCUGUGAAAAAACAGCCUGCGGUCAAGCAAAAGGGGGGUAAAGGUAGACUGAAAGAUAAUGUGCCCAUAAAAGUAGCCAGUGGUGAAGAUUCUGACAGUCGAAGCGCAUCAGGAUCGUCUAAAGAAUUAAAUGAAGAAGUAGUUCUUGAAAAAGACAGUUCGGAUUCAAAAUUGGUACCUGUUGUGAACUUGGAGGAUUCAUACCCAAAUGACAAGAAUCAUGCGAGCAAACCCGAGAUCAGAACAGUGACAGUUCCAGAACUUGAUGCAUCCACAGAAGAAAAGCAUCAGAGUAACAAGGGGUUGUCCACUAGAAAACGGAAACUACUUUCAGCAGAAGGGACAUUUGUCACGGCUGAGGUUCAACCCACAGAGGGGACAGAUGCUGCUAUUGGGAGGGAAAAACGACCAAGACAGAUGCAUCAUCAGAUGGUUUCCUUAACAGAGCCUGAAACUCCAGUGAGAAGUGUGAGAGCUCGCAGGAUAGAUCGCAAGACUGAAGUGGUUUCUGGUUUGGGAGACAACACUGAUGUUGAGGAGAAAGUGUCAAAAGGCCCUGUGGAGAAUGUUGAAGCUGAGAAUGUUCUUGGCCCCUCCACUUCAGCGGCAGAAGACUGUCAAGUGCAACAGGCCAUCAUGUUUUCUGAACAGGAGAUGUCAAAAGAUGAGGGAUGGUGCCCAUUGUGUAACAAGAUGUUCCCUCAAAAAGACCUGGAAGAACAUGCUUCAACCUGUGGAGAAGAGCCUGCCCCUGAGCCACUUCAUGAGAGGUGUAUGGUGUGUAAUGCAGAGGUUGCUACUGGGAAAAUGAGAGUACACCAGAUACAUUGCAGUAAAGAGUUCUCUGCUGUGUCACCUGCAAGGGUUACUCGCCAUCGAACCGCAAAUCAGCCCACUACAAGCUCUGAUGAUGUGGCCCUGGUGUUUGCUUCUAAUAAGGACUGAUGCAGUGGUUGAACUGAAGUGGAUUAUGUUUGAAAGUUGACGACACACAUGCCAGCAUGGGCAGUACUAAUCUGUGAGGAGCAUGGAGUUUUGGCCUGAAGGUAUAAGCAGGCUCCAAUAUGAUGGCUGAGGAUAACAAAUGCUUCUAUGAGGACAAGAGAGGCACACUUAUCAAACAUGUUGUUGCAGAUUUAGUGCUGGGUGUGUAUAUACAGUGGAACAUGACUAUAACGGCACCCACUGCAGCGGGACCUUACCUGAAUCCCCUUUUUUUUGUCUAUGUAAAUUCAAUUGCCUGUGCUUUGGUAUUACAGAAAAAGGAAAGACCUGAACUUGGUUACAGCAGGAGAGCUCUAGCGAGUGGGUGGGGGCUGUAGGGGGGCUCCAAACAGGCAGUCAGUGGUGUGGCGUUGUGAUUGGCCAGUCCAGUGAUGAAGUGAGGUGGGGCAGGCAGCACAAAGAGGGAUGAUGCGGAGAGACACGUUAUGUGAGCCACUCCAAAAGUGAUGUGCCAUAGCAUCACCUUUGAACUUUUUUGUCCAAAGUGCCUCUUUACUUAAGUACACUUUGGACAAAAUUUAUUUAAUAGUUGAAGGCCAGGCCAAAAAGUAAAGAAGAGGAGAGCUUUGAAUUGCAAUCGUUGAUGCUCAGGCAACAAGACUGAGGAAAAGAUGGCUUCCGACCAAGACAAAAGGAAAUGCUUCUCUGAACUCUCACUCGAUAAAGGCUGAGAUAGUCAACGAAGUUGACAAGAAAAGGAAGACUAAUCUAAAGGGCACCUUUUAUUGAUAUGGAAGGGAAGUAAUCAUAUAGAUUUUAGAAAUUUUUCGGUAAUUUCCCUCUGCAUUCCUUUAGCCGGAACUCCCCUACAGCAGGAUUUUUCUUCUGGAACCCAAAGUCCCGCUAUAGCCAUGUUCUACUGUAUUCAAGGUUCUUUAGAUUUUCAGACCUGCUAGCUUUGUCCCUGUCCAUUUUUUCUGUCAUUGUUUUCACUUUCAGAAAGGAGUUUUUUAAAUCUUUUUGUACAUGGUAACUUUUGGUUUACGUUCAACACAAUGAGAUUAGUUUGAGCUAUUAUUAGAUUUUGAGGAGUUUCUUUUAUUCAUUUUUUAAAUUUUUGGGGGAUUUUGCAUUUAGCACUUAGAAUUUGAUAUAAAGAACUUCUCACAGAGCGUUGAUUCAUAAGUCUGGUGUUAUUCUCAACCAAUGCAUUUUUCUCUGUUGUUUAUGCUUUUCCUUCACUGACAUGACUCAAGUUUCUGCAGUGUGUAGAAAUUUUGUCUGUCUGUUCUUGGGAUUUUCUUUUUUGCAGCAUUUUUAUACUUCAUACGGGGUGCACACUAUGGCUGGAUCGGGCCGAUCGCCCGACUCGAUCGUCUGAAACUGAAAACAAACACGUUUGUUUUUGAGGCGAUCGGCCUUAUCGAUCCCAUCCGUAGUGGUCACCCCGUAUUAGUUACAAGGAUUGAACCAUGUGUGUCCUGUUGCUUUCUUCACUAUUAUUGAAGGGUAAAAGAGUAAAGUUACUUUUAAUAUUGCAUUGUGCUUUCUCUUCGGCAUUGUGAGCUUGUGGACAUCAACAAUCACAGCCAUGUUUCCUGUUCCUGUAUACUUUGCACAAACUCCUUGUUGACUCCAGAUGAUAUAAUAUGUGUACCAGGUCAAGUCAGUGGGGGGGGGGGGGGGGGGGGGGGGGUUAAAGUUUAAUUUUACCUGUUAAAGUAAAGUUAGUCUUUCAUGAAAAUUUUGUUAUUCUUUUUUUGGGAUUGUACAGAAUGCCCGUAUGUACCUUGUGGAUGAGAGGUAUGGUUUACUUCUCAGUAAUGUUGAAAAGUAUUCAGUUUAUUAUACCUUGGUAUUGUUGCAUUCCUUGUUUGUUUCAUGGUGCACGACUUAUUAAACUGCUCAAUCAAAAGGACA